AUGAUAUUGCAAAUGCUUAUAGUAUCAGCACAAAUACUUCUAGUUUUCAAUGAAGAGAUGUUAAAAACAUCUAAAGAAAUUGAACAUGAAAAUACUGUAUCCAUAUUUUACACUAAUGAAUUCGUAAGUAGUGAAUAUUAUACUAACAAACCAAAUAUGAUUGAAAACAAAACAAAUAUCUUACAAGCGUUUGAGGACAGUUUAUUUUUGAUAUUCGCUCAAUUAUAUAAUUAUUAUGCAUCAGUGUUUCCUGCUGAAAAAAAAGUUAAUAAUUAUUGUCGUACAUUGAAGACCAAUAAGAGCAAUGUAUAUGAGUUGAAAAUACGAAAAGACUAUGUGCUAAAUAUAUGUUCACAUAUUUUUCGAUGCAUGGAUUAUUUGUACGUUAGCAGUAUAUCCAGAACUGCAAAACUGUUCAACAUGUACAAAUCGUAUGGCAAGCUUUGUAUUUCAAUGCAAACAUUUAUGACAAAAAAAUGUGUGCAAUCGAAAGUUACUGAUAAGGCAAUAAUUAUUAUUUGCCACGUCCUCAAGUUACGUUCCAUGUUUAUAAAUAUUGAAAAAUUUAAAAAGCCACCCGAGAAAGUAUGCCGUGAGUACCAAGAAAACACGGUAUACCAAGAUACUGCUACGAAAUUUAUGUUAUCUGAAUACGAACUCAUGAGUGAUAUUGAUUGGACGACAACAUUUAGUAUUGCUAGUGCCACAUACGAUAUUUUUAACCAAACGCCAUCACAGGAUGUUCUAAAUAAACCAAUAGUACGUCAACAACUAUUGGUUCAAUACGAUACUAUAGAAUUAGAAAAGGUGUUAAAAAGAUACAGUAUAAAGUAUACUAAUGACAUUAGUACCACUGAAUGUGCACCUGUGCCAAUUACUGAUCAGCAUGAAACAUAUAUUUUGGUAGGUCAUUUAAUAAUCUAUACGCUCCAGAGGCUUGAACAGCAUUUAACAUUUAUACUUAAAAACUCCAAUAAAACCAAAUCCCGAUUAAACAAGGACCAAAUCGAUCAAAAUGUGUUGAGACCAUUUAAAAAGUUAUGUGAUUUUGUUCCGGAAAUUCUUCUGUAUUUGUUCGAACAUGACCCCAAUUGCUUGACUGAUACAACUUUAUUUAGUUUGUAUUUGUCACUUUGCGGAAAUAAUAUGGAUUUUAUCGUUUUCCGUUGUCCCUCUAAAAACGAUAGUGAGUUGGAGAACAAACCGUUAUAUCAAUAUAAAUGUACUACGAAAGCAAUAAGAGAAAAAUUGCUGUGGAAUUUUUAUAGUCGAACUGGAACAAUUUUAAAGGAAGAUGAAUAUACGACAAAUUCAACUAUUAAUAAUGAUUGUUCAGA